AAGGAUUUCAGUGUGUUUUUUUCCCCAGUGUAACUCAAGGAGGUUGGACUACCGUGCAGUCAAAGGCCAACAUGCCCACCAUGCCCACUAAGAACGAUACCGGCGAGCGUCUCUCCAAAUUUAAAAACAAGGGGAAAGAUCCUGCGAAACUUCGAGAGAAAAGGAUCACGCAGUGCGUGGAGUUGCGCAAAGCUCACAAGAACGAAAAUUUCUUGAAGAGGAGAAAUAUAACGCUGUCGUCUCUCCCGGACGAGGAGACCCUGUCUCCAGACUACAUCCCAAACGAGCUGGUGACCUACGUAUCCAUUGAGGAUAUAAUUAAAGACGUGAACAGUGAGUGCAGGACGUCUCAGACCCGAGGCUGUCAGGCAGCUCGGAAGCUGCUUUCUCAAGAGCGUAACCCUCCUCUGAAGCAGAUUAUAGAUGCUGGUCUACUGUCUAACUUUGUGUCCUUCCUGUCUAUGGAUGAUGAGCCAACUCUGCAGUUUGAAGCAGCUUGGGCUCUAACAAACAUUGCCUCUGGGACCUCUUGGCAUACACAGCAGGUGGUGGAACAUGGUGCUGCACCAGCUUUCAUCUCUUUACUGUCAUCACCAAUGCUGCACAUUAGUGAACAGGCUGUCUGGGCUCUUGGAAACAUUGCAGGUGAUGGUGCAACUUAUCGAGAUGUCCUGAUUGAGUGCGGUGUCAUCCCAGCCUUGUUGGCUCGUAUAUCUCCUGACACACCGGUUGGCUAUUUGCGUAACCUGACAUGGACGCUGUCCAACCUGUGCCGAAACAAGAACCCAUUUCCACCCUUGUCUGCAGUCCAGCAGAUGCUUCCGUCACUGGUCCAGUUGCUCCAUCUCAGUGACAAGGAUGUCUUAUCUGAUGCAUGCUGGGCAGUCUCCUACCUUUCAGAUGGUGACAAUGACCGUAUUGAAGUUGUAGUGAAAACUGGUAUUGUUCCUCGACUGGUGGAGCUCAUGAGUCACAAGGAGCUCAGUGUCAUGACCCCAGCUCUCCGCUCCAUUGGGAACAUAGUGAGUGGCUCUGACCUGCAGACCCAGGUAGCAAUUGAUGCUGGAGUUCUGAAUGUCUUACCCACAUUAAUGAGACAUCCAAAGGCCAGUGUUCAGAAGGAGGCAGCAUGGGCAUUGUCAAACAUUGCUGCAGGUCCUUGCAAGCAAAUCCAGCAGCUGAUCACCUGUGGUCUGCUUCCUCCUCUGGUACAACUGCUAAGAAAUGGAGACUUCAAGACUCAGAGGGAAGCUGUGUGGGCUGUGACAAACUUCACCAGUGGGGCUACUGUAGCGCAGGUGGUCCAGUUGGUGCAAAGUGGUGCUCUGGAAGCAAUCAUCAACCUGCUGCAGGUCAAAGAUGCUAAAGUCAUUCUGGUCAUACUGGAUUCCAUAAACAACAUCUUCAUGGCUGCAGAAAAGCUUGGUGAGACUGAGAAGCUUAGCCUGUUGAUUGAAGAGCUGGGAGGUCUGGACCGCAUUGAGAUGCUGCAGAACCAUGACAAUGAGAUGGUGUAUCAGUCUGCGCAUAACAUAAUUGAGAAGUACUUUAGUGAUGGUGAAAGGCAUGGUGAGAAGGUCAACACGACAGAGGAUGAAUUUGUGUUUCAAAGCCCUGAUGUCCAGAAAGCUUUUGAAUUUUAAAACUUGACUGUUUGAAUUCAUGUUGAAAGUGAAAUAAAGUAACUCUAA